AGUUGAACAGCAACGGUUAACCACGCUGUUCUGGUUUUGUUCAAAAAAGCGUCAAGGGACAUCACCCUUGUUCCGGCCGAAAGGAAACCCAACGGACGGACUCCCAGACAGGAGAGAUCGACGAGACCUUUUCAGAGACGAGAUGCGAGUCUGAGACAGCAGAGCUCGGGUUCGUGUGCUUUUGCGGUCCCUUCCUCUCGGUCCGGCCGCGCGAGGAGGUUUACUCGUUAUUACAAAUGACCACCUCAUCGAUGAGUUGAGUCGAGCCUCGGGUGUUUUGCUGUGGUGUGUUGUUGACGUCGUGCGUUGCCUUUAUUUUCCAACUAUAAGUACGCUGCGCUCUCACGGUGUUGCUGUUACUUUGUAGGCACAUCAUUACCCUGCUUUGCUUCGUAGAGAAGAAGAAGAGGUGGUGCAGGAGGAGAUAAGAUUUAAGCAGACACAAGAAACUUAGCCUUAAGAAUGGCUCCUCCAAAGGCAGUGACCUCGCAAACUAGCAAAGUGGCAGCAACAACAAUAAUAACGGGAACACAAGUCCCUGGAGUCAUGACUCGAAGGGGUCUGGUGACCAGACAGCAAAAUAUCAACACACAGCAAAUAAAGAAACAGCAGCCUCUCUUAAUCAAAGAUACGAGAAAUAAACGGAAAGCGGAUGUGUCGCCCGUUAAAGAAAAAAUGACGAAGCGCUCUGCACUUGGGAAUAUAACGAAUGCCAUUGGCAAAACUAUAAGUGCUCAAAUUCAAGAUGCCAGUAAGAAGGUGGCAAAAAAAGUUACCAUUGGCACGUCCGUCAAAACGAUUCCUCAGCCUGUUGGCACGUCAAAGACUGUAGAUAGCAAGGUUGUGCCAAAACCUGAUAGUGCUCAAAACAAAUCGAAACAAGUGUCGCGGAUCAAGCAAAUAACGAAAAAGGAAGAAAAAACAGUCGAGGUUCCGCUUAAAACCGUCAAUCUAAGACGGAGUUUUGACGCCGAAAAAUCAGACGAAAGCUCGUUGUAUGUGAGUGCAUUAGAGACUUUACCAGAGGAAGGUAACAGGCGAUUAUCAAGGACGCUAAAAGAGGUGGGUGCUAAUAAGCUUAUAGAAGGGACAACAAAUAGAGCAGCCGAAGUAGUAACGGCACAGACUGAAUUAACUAGUGGAUCUUCUGUGUGUCCGCUGACCGAAAAUAAAAAUGAAGAAGAAAUAAGUGAGAAACCUGAAGCUACGCUCAACUGUAACAUACCACCCGUUCGUAGCCUUCCUGAAAAUGUGCAAUGGGAUUUUGAUGUCGAGAACUGGCAAGAUCCGUACCAAGUGCCUCAAUACGCGAUGGACAUUUUCGAUUAUCUAAAAGAGCGCGAGAAACUUUUCCCCAUAAAUGAUUACAUGGAACAUCAGGUGUGCUUGUCGCGCUGGAUGCGGUCGUUGCUUGUAGAUUGGAUGGUCGCGGUGCAGGAGUCAUUUGAGCUCAAUCACGAAACCCUUUACUUGGCUGUGAAACUCGUGGAUUUAUAUCUGUGCAAAGUAACUGUUAGUAAAGAAACGCUACAGCUCCUUGGUGCUGCCAGUCUUUUUAUAGCUAGUAAAUUCGAUGAACGAAUACCGCCGAUGAUUGAAGAUUUUUUAUACAUAUGCGAUAGUGCUUACAAUCACAAAGAAUUGACUAGAAUGGAAAUUAAUGUUCUUAAAGUUAUGGACUUCGAUCUUGGAAUACCGCUAUCAUACAGAUUUUUACGCCGCUAUGCUAGGUGUGCCAAAGUUACAAUGCCAACGCUGACGUUGGCUCGUUACAUUCUGGAGUACUCGCUGAUGGACUACGCGACGAUAUCGUGCAGCGACAGCAAAAUGGCAGCGGCUGCUUUGUUUCUCGCUCUACAGAUGAAGGACCUCGGUGGAUGGACGCCCACCCUCGAAUAUUACACAGGCUACAAGCUGGCUGAUUUCUCAUCCAUCGUUCUUGUAUUGAAUGAGGGCCUACAUCGUAAACACAAAGAAGCGCUAUCGACCGUUCGGAACAAAUACAGCCAUAAGAUAUUUUUCGAAGUAGCAAAAGUACCUCUGAAGGAAAAAUUAGAUAUUUAACAGUUGACUUGAGCUCAUAAAUGUAAGGACUAUUUCAUUACUGACGGAUGCUCGAGUGCAUCUUUUCAAAGAGUUAUUAAUAUGGCUAUGACUGAGAGGUACGCCGUCCUGAGGACAAUCCAGCGCCUUCUUCGACUUAUGUGGCUCGAUACGACUGUUUUAUGAGUAAAAGUUUAAGCAGCGUGUUGUGAUGACAAGAGCCGGGAUAACUCGAUUAGAAUAAAUUUUAAUUAUUAAACAAAAGAGACUGCAAGUGCGCCAGCUCGUUUAAUUUUGGAAAAGGUGCAAAAAAAUUUGAGAAAGGAUAGGGAGAAACAGUUUGUAAAAUUUUAAUUUUCUUUUUUUGUAAAUGUAUACACACUUGAGUGACGUCAUACGUCUUUCAUGUGUUCCUAGUGCUAUAAUAACGGUAUAUUUGUUAAACAUAUAUUAUAGCUUUUACUUUUUCUAAAACUCCUUAUGAAAUUUUAACGGAUUUUAUAAAUACGCUCUGUACUACUUUUUUUAAAAACUUUUUCUAAUAUAUACAUAUCUGUUUUCAAACAAACCUGCNG